AUGGACCCCAUCGAUAGCUGUCCUCCCGAGAUCUUUACCGUCAUCAUCCAACACAUCGUCGGCCCCGCUUCUCAAACAGACGAUGGCAACGAGCCCUCGACCGAAUGGCUCCGUCUGCUCCUCGUUUCUAAGGGGUGGCGAGAUGCUAUCGUCAGCACGAAGAUGUUCUGGAGUGUAAUCCACGUCCGUGGAAAAAACGCCGAACAUUGGCUGAAGCUGUCCCUCGAUCGGGCUCAAGGUGCUGCCAUUGAUAUCAAUAUCGACGUAGAGAAUAUCCCUCGCUUGGAACUUACCUCGGUACUCCACCACGCCUCCAAUAUACAAUCGUUGACAUUCGACACUCUGCUGAAAAAACACCUACCAGAACUGAACACGUUUCUUGCAUCCAGCGCAUUUCCUCGCUUGACGAAAAUCUCCGCGCGGAAAGGCUGGGAACCUUGGUCUCCUCCGGCAGGAGAGGCUCUUCUCCUGAACGGGACAAACAUCCCGCGCCUAAAGACACUGCACUUGUACAAUCUGGCAUACCUCGCGGAGUCCUCAUUCUUCCAACACCUGGAGAAGCUUUUCAUUUGUCUCACCUUUGAAGUGAAUCGCUCCGCGGAACUCAUGGAAGCCCUUCCGGCCAUGAAGCGACUCAAGUCCCUUCGCCUUCAAUGCCUAGACGCUGAAGAAGUCCUCGCCCGGGUUCCCCCGAAUCCUAUCACUCUGCCGUCGCUCACCCAUCUCGACACUCCCAGCAACACUUUUGGGCUCGCCACAUUCUUAUCCUACUUGCAUCUUCCCCGCGCGACUCACUUAACGCUCAGUUACACCACCGAAGGCAGGGUCGACAUCCAAGGCCACGAGGAGCACACUGGCCGACGCGCAGGCAUCGCAGACGUCCUUCCCCACCCCCGCACCAACGUGCUCCCGUUCCUUCCGCUUGUUUCGGACGUUGCCUUCACCAUCGAUCGCAGGCACAGCCAGUUCGCAGCGAGCAGCCCGGGCCGGCAACACUCGGUGGACAUUCAGUACGACACCGAGACCACCGGCAUCUUCCACGAGGUGUACAUCGAGCCGGAGUUCCAGCUCCGCGACCUCAUCGACGUCGCGCGCGACUGCCCCGCCGCGACGCGCCUCGACAUCUCCGCCGAGCACGUCGACAUCACCACCACCGUUUGGCGCACGCUCCUCGGCCGCUUCCCGCUCCUCACGGAGCUCUGCUUCGAGGGGCACGGCUCGCUCGCGCCGCUGUGGGCCGCUCUCGAUCCGAAUCUCAACGGCGCCCUCGGCGAUCGCACGGCGGCUCUGUGCCGCACCCUGCGCACCAUCUCGCUCCGCGACUGUAGCGUGCUGUGCAGCCCGUGGGAGGCGGAGGAGGACGCCCGUCGCGGGUACACGGCCGUGCCGCGGCCUCGGUUGGAUCUCUCCGUCGACGCGCUCAAGGCCAUGCUGUGCGCGCGAGCGGAGCGCGGCGUCCCUAUCGUCAGGUUUUCGUACGUCGCGGCGCCGCGCAUGGAAGAGCUGGACGAGUUCCGGACGGUAUGGCGGGGAGAGCAUGCAGCUGCGCUUGCGGAUCACGUCGCGGACGUGUCGAUCAAGACGAUGUACAAGGAGGUGGAUGGGGAAGACGCGAAGGCUUCAUGGAGGUGGACGCACUGUUAUUAUCUAAGUCCACACUUGGGAAAUGUUACUUGA